UGUUGAGUAACAAUAAUAUAAGUGAGUAAAAAUGGUUCAUUUGCAAACCUUUCAAAGCUUCAGUUAUUAUUCUUGCAUGGAAAUAAAAUCGAAAACAUCAAGACUGGGGUUUUUAAUAACUUAACAAGUUUGAAAGAUCUACACUUGGAUUACAACAAAAUUCAUAAGCUCGAUUUGGAAAUGUUUAAGGGACUUACAAAACUGGAUAAACUGUAUUUGAACCACAAUAUGAUAAGAAAUAUUAAACCUGGGACAUUCGAUUCAUUAACAUCGUUGAGUUUUUUACAGCUUGACCAUAACCCGUUGACGUGCGAUUGCAAUAUUUUGUUGUUUGUAAACGGGCUGAAGAAAAGUUACCCCCAGCGAGAUGUACUCGGGAAUUACGACCCGUCGUGUCAUUUUCCCGAAGAAAUGAGCGAAAAAUCAUUGAAGGAAAUAACUGAAAACGAUUUGAAUUGCAUACAUAUAGCGUCUCCGGAUGUAAUCGUGAUACCAGAGAACAAGACGGUGUCGGUCGGGGAACAGUUACACCUAUCGUGCAAAUCCGUAGGAGACCCGGAACCUUUUAUAUCGUGGGCCAAAGAUGACAUCGAUCUAGAACUUGGUCAAAGAGUUCAGGUAUUUCAAAACAAUACAUUGAUUAUAUCUAAAGUCGAAAGAAUGGACGGUGGUAAAUAUAAGUGUAUGACGUCCAAUUCUCUUGGACGAAAAUCUUUCGAGGCGAUGGUUAACGUAAUCGGUUUGGCGAAAAAUGGUUGUAAUACCGUGUUUGGAGUAACACCAUGUUUUUUUUUGUAUUAUUAUUAUAUUAGCAAAUUGCCUAUUGUAUAAUGACAUAUUGUAAAAAAUGUAUUAUUAUUUUUUUUUUGACUUGUGUAUUGUAUAUUUUACAAUUAAUAUGCAUAUUGUAAAAUAUAAUAUAAAGUAACAACUGCAGAACUGGCAGAACUACAAU